AUGUCACAAACAGACCCACUUGAUUAUGCUUUAGAUCUUAUGAGAAGACUUCCCCCACAAAAGGUAGAAGAUAAUCUUCAAAUGUUAAUAGAUCUUUGCCCAGAUUUAACAGAUGAUCUUCUUUCAGCAACAGACCAACCAUUAAAAAUUGUUGAAGAUACAACUGCUAAGAAGUCAUUUUUGAUAUGUGAUUAUUGUAGAGAUGGAGAUUCAUAUAGAUCACCAUUUUCUAACAAAUAUUUCCCAGCAUUCCCAGAAGGAGGACUUCCAAGUGAUGAACUGAGACAAUUAGAAAUUAGUUUAAAUGAUGCAUUUGAUAUGUAUAGAGAAAUGUAUUAUGAAGGAGGAGUCCAUAGUGUAUACUGUUGGGAUAUUGAUGAUGGAUUUGCUGUUUGUGUUUUAAUGAAGAAAACAGCAGACCAAAGUAAGAAAGGAAAUCCAAUGAAAGGAACAUGGGAUUCAAUUAAUGUAAUUGAAGUUAUUCCAAAAGGGUCAUCAAAAGCAGAAUAUAGACUUACAUCAACAGUAAUUCUUUAUAUGGAAACAGACUGUGAAGCAACUGGUAAAGUUGGAUUUGCUGGAUCGCUUACUAGACAAAAUGAAAAGGUAUUAUCUACUACUCAAAAGGAUUCUCAUAUUAUUAAUAUUGGUACAUUUGUUGAAGAAACGGAAAGUAGAAUGAGACAAAUUCUUGAUGCUAUUUAUUUCAGCAAGAGCAAAGAAAUUACCAAUAAUUGCAGAUGCCAAAUUGGAGUUUCAGAACAAAACAAGAGAACAUUAAUGACCAAACAAAUUAACACCCAACUUAGAGGAAGACAUGAUGAUGAUUAA